AAAGUUCAGCAUGGGACAAACGCAGUCAGCACCUCCACGCCCUAAACUCCCUGAGACGAAAGUUGGCCCGUUUGCUGAUCGACAGUUCCCUUUUGAGAACAUCGUGCUGGAAGGAGGCGGUGCCAAGGGGAUCGCCUACAUAGGGGCAUGCAAGGUCCUAGAGGAUGCUGGGAUUAUGCCACAGAUCAAACGGUUCGCCGGGACCAGCGCAGGCGCAAUCACUGCCGCCCUCCUCGCCAUCGGUAUGACGUCACAGGAGCUGCUGGACGAACUGAGCGCGCAGAACCUGCUGGAAGUCGUUUUGGACACCAGUUGGACCAGAACAAGCUGGAUCCCAGGCAUGCAGAAGUUGGGACAACUUUGGGACGUCGUUCAAAACAAAGGAGCUUGUCCGGGAAAUAAAUUCUUGGAAUGGUUUGGCGACAUCUUGGAGAGGAACCUUAAGAAGCGAGGACUUCCUCUAGACCGGGACGUGACUUUUGACCAAAUCUACCAUGUUCUCGGUAAGGAGCUGUGUAUUGUGGCCUACAACAUGAACUACAACCGAGAAUCCUAAUUCCACGUCAAGACCACGCCCAUUCUCAGGGUCCGGGAGGCAGUUCGCAUGUCCAUGUCAAUUCCAGUGGUGUUCCAGCCAUAUACACUACAAAAUCUCUUCACGUACAUCGACGGUGGAUUGGCGGCCAACUUCCCACUUUACGCCUUUGAUGGGUGGUACUUGUCCAUGGACAAAGGCGACACCUUCUACAAGCGCCUCACGUCCCUAACAGAAGAAGACGACGAUCCCAUACGCAGGGUGUUCUACCCUGAGUACCGGAUGGAACGUUUUGAGAGCCAAGGGCCGCAACAUAAACAGUUCCAGAAGACUCUCGGCGUUCUGAUCUUUUCCAACUCUGACCGAGAGGUUUACCAGGAUCAGUUCGAGCAGCGGCUAAGGGAGCUGAAGGAGAAAGAUUCAAGCUUCAUAAAGAGGAGACCUGAUACAGAGAAAGCCAGGAAAUUUGUUGAGCAGUACGACAGGCAGCGUGCCGCGAGGGAUGCUGGGAUAAAAUUGUUCAGGUCUCUAGUCGAUGACCGGAUGAAGAAGCUGAUCGAACUGAUGGCAGGACCUGACGCCAUGGACCAUCUGGAUGGCGGCACUAUUGAUGUUCCUGAAACUCCAUCUCCAAGCCUGAGAGGAGGCGAAGGUAGAAUGCCGAGUUGGGGUGAAGCUAUACCACCAGUGGUCCUGUCUGCAGAUCCACUAAAGCCGAUAGAACCGAGAAUCACCGUCGAAGAAGCAAGACGUGAAUUCUUUAAGAUCGUGACGGAAGGGGACAUAAAGGCUAUGCAGGUUACCACGAAGGAGGCAGCAUUCAAUGCAUUGUUUCUGGACGUCAAUGGAAAGCUAACGGUGGACAGAAUGCUGAACAUAUACCAGAACUACGCGCCUCUACAGGUGGCUAAGAGAAGGAUCCUGGGUACCAGAUCUGUCGAGACUGCCGGGCAGUACUACGGAACUCUCAUGGACUUUGUAGGCAGCAAGAACUCACUCACUGAGAAGGACAUAGACCGGUGUAUCGGGGUGGACGUGGACUAUCUCUCUACCAUGGACUUUGACAUGGCUCCUACGGACAUGGAGUUCCUCAUGGCUCAAGGAGCAACCGCCGCAACAGCGUUCAUCGUGGAGUAUGUGGAGAGCAGAGACCCACCGCACAAACGGCUUCCUGUGUCGUAAUUCUUAACCAAAAGGCGUCUCGAGAACAGAUUAGCUGAUAUAUUUUUGUUUCUUUAUUUUGCAUAUAAAUGAAAAACAAUAACAUAAGAGGAAAUGCAAGUGCAGUAGGAGGGGAACAGCCUGCAUGACUUAUACAGAGCAAUCCUCCAUUUAACCAAGCUUUGCUAAUCAAAAUAGUGUAGUAAACAGAUAAAUUAAAGAACAGCAACCAACAGCAAAAAAA